AUGGCAGACAUAUGUAAUGAUGUGGUGGAAGAUAUCCUGGUAAGGCUUCCGGUGAAAUCUAUCUUGCGAUUCAAGUCUGUUUCGAGGCGAUGGAAAUCGUUGAUGGAAUCGGAGCGUUUCGUCCAGAGACAUGUCAAGAAUUCUCGCCGGAAAAUCCUUUUAGCUCUGGACAGCGACGGUGCUGCACCGAGCCUUUUCCUCUUUGGAGAAGAAGAACAUCAAGAAGAAGAAGAAGAAAAAGAUAUCUGGUAUAUCCGCAAUUGUGACGCUUCCAUUGCUUCGCUGACGUGCGACGGCUUGAUAUGCAUCCCUCGCUCUGAUUCUAUUCAAGUUUGUAAUCCGGCUACACGAGAAUCUCGUCGGUUUCCUCCGGGAGAACAUCUCUCCUCCUCCACGGAAUUUCGUAAAGGAAAACGUAUCCCCAUCGCAUCACUUGUUCACAUCCAACAUUUGAACAAUCUCGUGGCUGGAUUUCCGACGAGAGUAAGCACGUUUGGAUUCGGUAAAGAUGAAGUCACGGGAACAUACAAAGUGGUUGAGCUACGUGGUAACGAUUCAGGAUCAAACCUCGUUCUUGAUUGCAAUGUUCUUGACCUCGAAACAGGGCAAUGGAGACAAUUAGGCGUCGUUCCUCACCGGAUUUUUAUUACAGAGAGAUCAGUCUAUGUCAAUGGUUCGGUUCACUGGUUCACUGUUGAUCUCUGGGAACUGGACGCACCGGGUAUAGUUGCAUUUGAUCUUCAUACAGAAGAGUUUAGAGUCAUCUCCUACCCCAACUUUUCGUCAGACGCUCCCCUUUCAGCUGAGCUUCUGAGCCUCGGGGAGAAUCGUCUCUCAGUGUCCGAGAUGAGGGCCACUCCUGAUGUCCAUCUCCAUAUUUGGACCAUGGUUGAUGAAACAUGGGUUAAGAUGCAUUCAAUAUGUUUGUGCCGUCUUUACAAGCCACGAUUAGGAAGCUUACAGCGAUUCACACCCGUGCUAAUUUCUAAGCAAGGAGAUGGCGUCGUCUUCUUCUUCCUUUGGGAUUAUCAACAUACAUUGUUCAAGUCUUCCACCAACACUGUCUUCACUCAAAAGAUUUAUACAGACGCUCGUGUUGUUGAUUCUUCUUACAUCCCAACUCUGGUUCCGGUUCCCAUUCCUUGCUGCUUUCAGUGCACUUGCUGCAUGUUUGGGAAGAAACCAGUUGAGCAGUUCUUGAAGGCACUAGACGAACUUACCUUGAAGGACACUACAAAUUUCACCAGCAAGAUAAUUUCAAAGCCUUUGACAAUGGAUUCCUUUGGAGAUGUGUUUUCUGUUCCAAGCUACGAUACCGUAAGCAGCAAGUUUUGUUGA